AUGUCCACCGGAAUUGUCCUUCACCACCUCGUAGACUCACGCUCCCAACGCGAAGAGCUCCAGAUUCCAUAUACGCUCAAGAUUUACCAACGGACACCCACCAAGCAAGCACCUCCAGAACUUGCGCAAGUUCAUCCACUCGGAAAAUCUCCAGUCAUCACGGACGGUGACCUCGUCGUAGCAGAGAGCGGCGCCAUCGUUGAAUAUCUUCUUCAGAAAUAUGGUAAUGGGCGCUUCCAACCACCCUCAGAGGGUCUCGUGAAGAACAUCUACUACACUCACUAUGCAGAAGGGACACUUCAGAAUCUCCUAUCCAACUGGCGCAUCUAUGGCAUGAUAGGCGAACGUGCACCCUGGCCACUCACCUACCUCUCCCGCAUCAUCAUGUCCAAAGCCCAACAUGCCGUACUCCUGCCUACAAUCGAAGCCUCGACGUCCAUGGUCGAAAAGGAUCUCGAAGAGUCAAAGACGAUUUGGUUCGCUGGUGGGAGUGAACCGACGAGCGCAGAUUUCAUGAUGCUGUUGCCUCUUGAGAUUCUCCCACGUGCGAUGGGUGAACGAAUUCCCAAAAAGAUUAAAGAAUGGGUUGAUGCGGCACAUAGGAGACCAGCGUAUCAACGGGCUCUGAAAGCUGGAGGAGAAUAUGCAUAUGCAAAGUUACUUCCAGAGGCAUCAGAACAAUAA